AACAAAUAUAAGUAGUUGAGAAAUAUAACGUAACAGAAAAUUGAUAGAUUUGGUAAUAUAAUUAUCUUCCAUUGAAUUGGUAAUAGACAUUUAUGUAGGUGUGUAAAGAUAUAGAAAUUCCAAAAAUGGAAAUUAAUCCAUGCUAUUAACGGAAAUUCUAAGAGUAUGAUUUUAUACUUUUAUGAAUAAGAAAACAAAUCACCAUAAUCUCAGUUAUUGUCAUACAAUUCUCCUCAUACGUAUAAUCUCGCUCUCGCUCUCUUUUCCUUCACACACAGACAAUAAACACAGACUCUAAUGGACUUAGAACGGAAGAGAAGAGGACUUGGCAAGUCAUGUGCCCUUCUUAUAGUGAUUGUGGGGAUGGAGAGAUAUGCAUUCAAAGGAGUUGCAUCAAACUUAGUGACAUAUCUAACAGAUGUAGUGAAGAUGAGUAAUUCAAGAGCAGCCAAAACAGUCAAUACUUGGGCUGGUUUCACUUCUAUGUUGCCUCUCUUCGCUGCUCCUUUGGCUGAUGCUUAUUGGGAUAGAUUCUUCACAAUCCUCGCUUCUUCUUCUGUCUACUUUGUGGCGCUAGUGGGAUUGACAUGGACGGCAUUUUCUGGGUCACGUUCAGCUACAAAGAUAGUCUCAACAUAUUUUCUGUACUCUUCACUAGGUCUUAUCUCACUCGGUUUAGGCGUCUUAAACCCUUCUCUUCAAGCCUUUGGUGCGGACCAGCUAGACCGCGACCUCGAGAAGGAUUCCGAGCUUUCCUCCGGUGAUCAAGAGGAGUCUAAAGCUACCCUAAAGACUCAGUUUUUUCAAUGGUGGUACUUUGGCGUCUGCACCGGGAGCCUGAUGGGUGUCACAGUCAUGGCUUAUAUCCAAGAUACCUUUGGUUGGGUCCUUGGUUUCGCUUUACCAGGAAUCGCCAUGUUCCUGUUGAUCUUGUUGUUCUUGUCGGGUAGCGGGAUCUAUGUAUAUGGUCCUGGUGCCGGUUUGAAGACGAAAACAAAUACUUCAUCUUUUGCGAAGGUUCUUAACUUCAUCAAAGAGAGAUUAGUGAAGAAGAGAAGCAAAUAUACACUUGCUGAUGAGGAAGAUUUGGAUGCUAUGGAGCUAGAGCUACAAGAAAGGCCUCUCUGUAAAUGUGAUAACACUGAGGUGGAAGACAUUGAGACUGCUUCAACAACCACUAAGAAAUUGGUUGAUGAAAGCUCGAAAGCGGUUUUCUCUGGACUAGAUAAUGUCAAGUUAGUGCUUCGCCUUUUGCCCAUAUGGACGAUGCUUCUCAUGUUUGCUGUUAUCUUCCAGCUACCAGCAACCUUUUUCACCAAACAAGGUAUGACUAUGAAGCGAAACAUUGGUUCCAGCUUCAAAAUCCCGCCCGCUACCCUGCAAAGCACGAUCACGUUAUCGAUAAUCCUUCUUAUGCCGUUGUACGAAAAGAUCUUGAUCCCUAUCACCAAAAGAAUCAAGAAGAACGGUAAAGGUAUCUCUGUUAUGGAGAGAAUGGGAGUUGGAAUGUUCCUAUCAAUCAUUGCCAUUGUUAUUGCCGCACUAGUGGAAAGAAAAAGGCUAGACAUAAGCCAAAAUAUGAAGACUUUACCUGAUUAUGAUCCAGAAACCGUUCCGCUGAGCAUCUUCUGUCUACUUCCUCAGUAUAUCCUCUUGGGAAUCUCAGAUAUUUUCACAGUCGUUGGGAUGCAAGAGUUCUUCUAUAGCGAGGUUCCGGUUAGAAUGAGAACAAUGGGAUUUGCUCUCUACACAAGUGUCUUUGGCGUUGGAAGCUUUGUGAGUGCCGCACUAAUCACAAUCGUCGAGGCGUACUCGAGCUCAACAGGUGAACGCCAAAACUGGUUCGCAGAUGACAUGUCGAAAGCCCGUCUUGACAAAUACUACUGGCUCCUUGCUCUUACAAGUACAAUAAGCUUUAUAGUCUACAUAGUUCUAUGCAAGUAUUUCAAGAGUAGCAGUGAUCAAGGGGGCGAAGAGAAAGAAACCCCUAAAUGAGAGAACAAUUUCGAUUCCUUCAACACAGUCCACUUAAGCUAACCGUUUGCCACAAGACUCCACGAAUGUUCUAAGUGAUUUAGUAGCUUAGCUUAAGAACUAACUAGCAGAUCAUAAAGGAAGAGCCAGAAAAAAGUUCUCUACAAGAUUUUUAUCCACAAGUAUUUUUUUCUGUAACAAAUGCAAAAGAUUCACCAUUAUUAUUAUUAUUUGGUGCAUGUGAUUA